AUGAUAAAAUUACUUAAAUUAUCAAGUGGAUGUUUCAGUCCACGAUCCUAUGAGGAAAUCGUACAUGUUGCCCAUCAUAUAUUCAACAUGGUAAAACGCAAGAAAAAUCCAGAAAUUGGCAUUAUCUGUGGUUCGGGUCUUGGAGAUAUUCCAUCAGUAUUUGAAGACACUGAAACUGUGCCUUAUUCCAAAAUCCCCGGAUUUCCUAAUACUACAGUGGCUGGACAUAAGAACAACUUAAUUUUCGGCACUCUUUCUGGAAAAGAAGUGGUUUGCCUUCAAGGAAGAUUUCAUCCAUAUGAACACAACAUGAAUUUGGCUUUGUGUGCAUUACCAGUAAGAAUAAUGCAUGAACUUGGCAUCAAAAUUCUCAUUAUCUCAAAUGCUGCUGGUGGAAUAAAUGAAAACUUCGAACGGGGUGAUCUUAUGCUGAUCAAGGAUCAACUAUUUCUUCCUGGAUUGGCUGGUUUUUCUCCACUAGUUGGACUUAACGGACCUGAAUGGGGGCCUAAAUUUGUAUCUCUUCAUGAUAUGUAUAAUAAAGACCUCAGAAAACUCGCACUGGAUAUUGCUAAGAAAAUGGGAAUAAGAAUGCAUGAAGGAACAUAUGCAAUGUGUGCUGGUCCUCAGUAUGAAUCAGGUGCUGAAAUAAAAUUCCUCAAGACAUGCGGAGUGGAUGCAAUGGGCAUGUCAACUUGUCAUGAAGCUGUCGUGGCGAAACAAUGUGGCAUAAAAAUACUUGGAGUGUCACUUAUAACGAAUAUGUUAGUACCAUAUUUUUACUGA